AUGGAAGACCAGCACAAGGACUUCAGUGGGUUGAAGAACUCCCAGGAUCUGGAGCUGGGGGAGGGGCUCUCCUCCCCCAGGGACGUAACAGCGCCAAACACCGAAGGACAGGGGGAGACGAGGCUGGGCACGGGGCCCUGCUCCUGUCCCGGGGGGGACAGGGACACAGCCAGCAGCAGGGGGGGUCCAGAGCACCCCAGGACAUUCCAGAGGACUCCAGGGCAUCCCAGGGCACUCCAGAGCAUCCCAGGGGACCCCAGAGCAGCCCAGGGCAGCCCAGGGCACCCCAGUGGACCCCAGGACAUUCCAGAGGACUCCAGUGCACCCCAGAGCACUCCAGAGCAUCCCAGGACAUUCCAGAGCACUCCAGAGCAUCCCAGAGCACCCCAGAACACUCCAGAGCACUCCAGAGCACCCCAGGACAUUCCAGAGGACUCCAGGGCAUCCCAAAGCACUCCAGAGCAUCCCAGAGCACCCCAGAGCAGCCCAGGGCACCCCAGUGCACCCCAGGACAUUCCAGAGGACUCCAGGGCAUCCCAAAGCACUCCAGAGCAUCCCAGAGCACCCCAGAGCAGCCCAGGGCACCCCAGUGGACCCCAGGACAUUCCAGAGGACUCCAGUGCACCCCAGAGCAUCCCAGAGCACCCCAGAGCACCCAGAGCAUCCCACAGCACCCAGAGCCCGGCUCUCCAUGGGAACAGGCACAGAGAAAUCCAGGGAAGGCCACGGGGAGGGGCGAGGGAACAUCCCAGGGCGGCUCAGCGCAACCCCGGCACGGAGACCAGAACAACCCCCAGCAGAAGGCCACAAAAGCACCCGCAGCUUCAGCCCUCCCAGGUCUGCAGCUGGGGGAACAAGCUGCACCCUGACUGCUGGCACCGGGCACAGGCUGCUCCCAGCCCCAGCCAGGCUCUGGUGCCGCUCCAGGCUGGGCUGCCCGGCUCCCACGGCAUCUCCCACCCACCCCGUGACAGCCCCCAGCUCACAAAUCCCUCAUUCUCCCAGCUGCCCUCCUCCACAGUGCUUUUUUCCCUCAGCAAAGCCACCAAGCUCUUUUGGGACCCGUCCUCCGCCCUGCCCAAGGCAGGAAGAGAGCCCCAGACUGGCACCGGUUUGGCAACGAGCUGGGAGAUGCAAAGGAGCAGUUCAUAAAUAAAUAAGUAAACAAAUAGAUAAACCCACAGCACUUCUCAGCAGCUGCCAAAAAGAACCCUCUUAAAACAAAAAACAAAAAACAAAAAACAAAAAACAAAA